AUUAUCGAGAUACUAGUAGCAGAAUCAGAACCAGGCAACCGGCACAUAACCUAAGUGUCAGCUGCACGGUGACGUUGUAGUGACAGGAAAUAUAGGAAUAGAAGUGAAAAUUUGCAAGGAAUCAAUCCGAUAAUGACUUCGGAUGAAUCUUGGCCGGAGGUGAGCCAAGCGCGAAAAGAAAACAGGCACGAAUUGGUCCUUUCCGGGGCCUCCGUAUCGCAGCGGUUAGAAAAGUCGGGUUUGGACAAGACGAUAUUUAACCUGCAAGGGUUAAACUACUUGAACAUAAACGACACGUGCCUCGAUGCGAUACCCGACGAAAUUGGUAAACUGGAAAACCUCACCAGUCUUGUACUGCAUUCGAAUAAAAUCGCCAAACUGCCCUCGGCCAUCGGGAAAUUGACCAAAUUAAAAGUACUAGAUGUGUCCAGAAAUAACCUUGAUUUCGUUCCCGACGAUCUCGGUAACUUGACUCAGCUCAUGACCCUCAACCUCGGCUUAAAUGCCCUAAAAGAAUUACCGUCUCAAGCCGCUAACAUCAAGCUGAGUAUAUUGGACUUAUCUAACAACCAGUUUGACGCGUUUCCCCACGUGUGUUACGCCGAGUUGGUUCACCUCACUGAAAUCAGAGUGAACGGUAAUAAAAUUAAAGAAAUUCCGUCAACCAUCAGCGUCUUACAGUCGUUGAAACUUUUGGAUCUCUCCGAUAACUCAAUAGUGAUCGUACCCAAGGAACUCUCCGACUGCGGUAAAUUGAAGGAAUUGAAUCUGAAGGGAAAUCCCCUCUCGGAUAAACGGCUCUAUAAACUUGUAGAUCAGUGUAGGACCAAACAGGUAUUGGACUACGUUAGGCAACAUUGUCCGAAGGUUGGCGACGGCUCAGGAGCUCCUGGUAAAUCGAAGAAAGGGAAAAAAGGAAGGAAAUCUUCCGAGUCAAAUGACAGCAACAUCAAUUCCGUCGACAAAUUGACUCAUAAGCUCAGGGUCUUGAAAGUGAUGGACCAAACACCUGUUGUACAAAUAACAGAACACGUUAAAUCUGUCCGACCGCACAUAGUUGCUUGUGUUGUGAGAAAUUUGAACUUCACAGAGGAAAGCUUCAAAAAGUUCAUUCAAUUACAAACCAAACUACAUGAAGGGAUAUGCGAAAAAAGGAAUGCUGCUACAAUAGCAACGCACGAUUUGGACUUAAUAAAACCUGGAAAUCUGAUGUAUACGGCAAAACCUCCUAAAGAAAUUGAAAUCAAGCCACUGAUGCGCCAGAAGUCAUAUACAGGUGCAGCACUGUUUCAACAUUUACAAACAGAAGCCGAUAACUUGCGAAGAGAAAAGAAGCGCAAUGUUUACUCUGGUAUUCACAGAUAUUUAUACCUUUUGGAAGGUAAAUCACUGUACCCAUGCCUCCUGGAUAGUUUGAAUCAAGUUAUUUCGUUUCCGCCAAUAACAAACAGUGACAUCACCAAAAUGUCUCCUAGCACCAAAGAUAUGUUUGUCGAAGUCACCAGCGCAUCUUCUCAGCAAGUUUGCAGAAAAGUUGCUGACCAAUUUCUUAAUGAACUCGUGAUGCUGGGACUUGGCUGCUCCACGGAAACUGACAACAGUGAAGAUUACCACAAUUUAUUAGUUGAACAAAUAAAAGUGGUUGACUUGGAAGGAAAUAUGAAACUAGUAUAUCCAUCAAGAUCAGAUUUGAUUUUUGAAAAUAGUAACGUAACAAUAAUUCGUGAAUGAUGAUACUUACCAGACAGAAACUAGGUACGUACAAAUCUUCAAAUGCACAACAAGUACUACUAAGAUUUCUAACGUUAAACAUGAAUCAUUUUACAUUGAGACAGUGGAUACCCGAAUUUGGUUAUUUAAAAACGUAAUGAUUAUUUUGUUAGUUGAAAUUGAUGUUAAUCUAGGCAUGAUUUUUUUUUUUCUUCACAGAGAAUAGAAAACAGUAAUUAUUACCACAAUAUCUGGCAAAAAUGUGACACGUAAAAACUUCGCGUAAGUUUUAUUUUGCUUCGUAGUCAUGAGAAAACUCUUGCUACGAUUAGACUAAAACUUACUGGGUAUGCGGUGUAGAUUAUCUGAAACUAUGGUGUCGUUCCCGUUUGAAAUUUUUUUUCCUUAAAACGUCGCCUUUCUUUUUCUCACAUCGUAAGUUUAUUUUAUCCUAUUAUCUAAACAGCUUACUUUCUUACACCGAUUGUUCGGUCUGAAAUAUGGAAGAAAUGAUGUUCAUGAUUUACAUGGUUCGAACCUUUCCAAGUAACCAAUUUAUUUGCAAAUUGAAUUUUUUUUUUUUUUUCAAUACCACAGUCAAAUACACUAUAAUAACUGAUUUGCGAUACGAAGAGAUGAAAAUUUUUCAGUCUUUCAAAUGAAUAUAUAUUCCUAAUUCAUAGAGUAAAUGUAUGUUUGACGAAAAAACGGAAAAACACAGCUGAACCAAAACAUAAAAUCAGGUGAACAAAAUCCAGGAAUUGGAAUUUACACUUUUACACGAUAUGCUUUUAUUUUUUUAUUGAAAUAUUUUUUUUCAAUGUAACCAAGAGCAAAAUGUUGGUUUCUUCUACUGUUUGAGUCAAGAGACUCUUCACAAAGGACAAUAGUGAUAUUAACUUUUGAUAUGUAUACAUAUACACAAUAUGUGAUUUAAAUUAUAUAUUUAUUUUCCAGUUU